AUGCACUUAAAAAUUGAAUUGAAUACCACAUGGCUAGCUGAGGAGGAAAUCAAUUCAUCAGUUUGUCUGAAAUGUAACGUGUGUGAUACCAUAGAAGUCUUUGACAAGUCAUCUGAUAACGAUGAAAUCGAGGAAGAUGGGGAAGUCGAACCAGAAGAAGAACAAGAUGAGCAGCCAAAUGAAUCUGAAAUCGAACCCAUAAGUACAGACAUAGAAGAACUACCAUCUUCAGUGCGACAAGGAUCUGAUGUUGAUGAUGGGUUUGAACCAUUGGAUGAUUCAGUUGCUGACCCAGAUCACGUUGAAGAUAUCGAAUUAGAAGAAGAAGAAGAAGAAGAAUUGGAACUCGAAGAACCCGUAGAACCUGUCUCCAAAGCUCGAUCCACUCGACAAAUACUCGGCGAGGUUCAAAGGAACACCAAGAAUGAAUCACUUGCCAACCUGGAGCGUUCAAGUCUGCCGGAUGCCAAGAAUAUGGCCAUCAAAUCAUGUCAUUGCUGUAGCAAGAAAUUCCGGAACAGCCGAGAUCUGAAGAAUCACUUGUGUCUCCACUUCAAAGUGGAACUAUUCCGCGAUUACGCCAUCAACAAAGAGGAAUGCAAGCUUUGCGGGUUUAAGGACAAGCAAGUGAUGCGAUUAGCUGGUCACAUUGGGUAUAAGCACGACAAGUUGAAGGAGUACGUGUCGGAAACUGACCAACCAGAAGUACAUCUGAAAGCCAGAUCGUUGGAUAAGAACAUUCAAACCAAACUUCUUGUAGAUGAUGAAUAUGGACGCGCGCUGUUGAGGAAAGAGCUGGCCGAAAUCGAUCUUCUGGAAAAACCGUGUAACCUUUGCGGAAAGUUGCACCAAACCAAGCACAGACGCAUGAAGCAUAUCGCAAAUCAUUUUGGAUCAUUUCUCCUGAAGCACUUUCCGCGGUUGAAAGGCAACGAGUGUACAAUAUGUGGCAAAGACCUGGCCCGAGGUGGUUCUGUUUACUAUCAUUUGGGAUUUGUGCACAAAGGCUUGGCUCAUGUGGCUGAAAGUCCGGUUCCAACAAUGCCAACAAUCGCCCGCAAAUCAAGACGACAACAGAAAAUAUGA